UUUUCUUUUAUCAUCUUUUAUUUUCUUCUGUUUUCCUUUAUUUCUGGACAUUUGAGGAUAGAGCGGUCCAUUUCAGAAGCCUUUUAUUUACAUGCAGCUUUUAAAUCUUCCCAUAUUGCUUUUUAAACAUCUCCACUUUGGGCAUCACUCUUCAUCAUCCUCACAUUGCUUCCACUCCCUUUAUUAUCUGUUCAGCUUUCUCUUCAUCCACAUUUUUUCCUGGGUGGAUUUGGAUCUUCACCGCUGAGGACAGGAGGGAAUUUCAAAGACCUGCUCAAUGUCAAGCCAAUGGACCCACCCUGAAAAGUUUUCAUCAACAGCGCAGGGAACAAAAUUAACACCCAAAAGAGAAGACAGAAGAGCGGAUGAGCUUCUUUGCCGCAGCUGAGGAGAGAACAGGUGUUGCUUUCUGCUACUUGUGCUCCACAAGGAAAGUGAUCAGUUGAAAUUUAGACAAACGCACUCAAGAGAUUUUGUUACAGGCUCAGACUCAUGGAUUGAUUGUCAGGUGCAGAAACUCCUGCACACGGAUGCUUUCCUAAAGUGAACCAGGGUCAACGUGUGACUGAGCUUCUCUUGACCCUCUCGUCAGAGCGAAAACAUUUAAACACAGGUGAAGAGCGUGUCAUGAAAGGCUUAAAUCUCAGCCGGGGUUUGCUGGUUCUUCUGCUGCUUUGGACCUUGUCAGCCGCCACCGAUGCGGCCGGUGCCGCGAGUGCAGAACGAGGAGGAGCUGGAAGAAGCCAGAGAAGAGGAGGAGGUGGAGGAGGUUCAGAGAAGAGGAGGAGGUUUCACCGCAUCCAACAUGGCCAAUGCAGCUACACCUUCAUCCUGCCGGAGCUGGACGGAUGCCAGGGCGCAGGAGGACCAUCGCAGACCGAGCAAUAUGGUGGCUCUCGUGGCGGAGCGAGCGUCGUGCAGAGAGACUCGCCGCCUGUAGACGGUGAAUGGUCGGCUCAGAAACUGCAGCACCUGGAGAGCACGAUGGAGAACAACACGCAGUGGCUGCAGAAGUUGGAGAACUUCAUUCAGAGGAGCAUGAGGCGGGACGUCGCCAACAUACAGUCACACGUCGUCCACAACCAGACGGCCACGAUGCUGGAAAUCGGGACGAAUCUCCUCACGCACACAGCGGAGCAGACACGCAAACUGAACGUGGUGGAAGCCAAGGUGCUGAAUCACACGUCUCGGAUAGAGAUCCAGCUUCUGGAGAAUUCUCUGUCCACCAACAAGCUGGAAAAAGAGCUGCUGCUGCAGACGUCUGAGAUCAGUCAGCUCCGAGACAAAAACAGUCGUUUGGAGAGCAAAGUUCAGAUGUUGGAGUCUCAGCAGAGAGGAGAGCUGGAGGACAUGAGGGUGGAGAAGAACCGGCUGCAGUCUGUCGUCAGGACUCAGAUGGCGGCGAUCGAGUCUUUAGAGAGGCAGCUGCGAGUGGCCAGCAGCAACAACACCGUCCUGCAGAGACAGCAGGCUCAGCUGAUGGAGUCGGUCCACACACUCAUCAACAUGGUGGCCAGUCCUACAGGGUUGCCACCUCGGGCCCAGAUGUGGAGGGACUGUGCAGAUGUUUACAAGGCCGGUCACUCUGUCAGCGGACUGUAUCACAUCUACAUCGGCAACAGGACUGAACCUGUGCAGGUGUACUGUGACAUGGAGACGAGCGGCGGAGGCUGGACGGUGUUCCAGCGGCGAUUUAACGGCAGCGUGGACUUCCAGAGGAGCUGGAAGGACUACAAACUGGGUUUCGGGGACGUGUUAGGAGAGCACUGGCUGGGUAAUGAAGUGUUACACCUGAUGACCAGUCAGGGCCAGUACUCUCUGAGAGUGGAGCUAAAGGACUGGGAGGGAAGCUCCGCCCACUCCCUGUAUGACCGCUUUACACUGACCAGUGAGAGGCAGCAGUACAGGUUGUACCUGAGAGGCUACAGCGGUACCGGUGGAAGGCAGAGCAGCCUGACCACACAUGGCACCGGCUUCAGCACCCGAGACCAGGACAACGACAACUGCGACCACUGCAAAUGUGCUCUGAUGCUCACUGGAGGUUGGUGGUUUGACGCCUGCGGUUUCUCCAACUUGAACGGUAUCUACUACACCGUCGGCCACAACAUCAGGAAGCUCAACGGCAUCAAGUGGCACCACUUCCGAGGCCCCAGCUACUCCCUGCGCGCCACCUCCAUGAUGGUACGGCCCUACGACUUCUAACAGCACCCCUGCACAUCCAUGAUGGUUUGGCCCAUGACAUCUGCCGACAGUCUUUCAGUAUCACGGCGGUACUCCCUCCAACAUGCCUUCCUGAUGAUGUGAAACUUUUAAACAACACCCCUCAGAUCCAGCCCCAGAUCUCUUGGAUCUAACAUGGUACAGCCCUUCAAUUUACUGCCAUGAUGGUAAAACUCCACACAGAAAGUUGUUUUAUGUUUCCUGACUCUGGACUUUGUUUUCAUAACCUGCCCCGGAGCCAUGAGGGAUGGACCAUGCCAGAAAAGAACUAAUUCAUACUGGCUUGUUGUUGAGUGCACAUUUUCAGACCGUCCUGGAAGGAAUUCAUAAUGUUUUGCUUGUUUGUGUCAAGCAGCUUCAAAAACUGCAUUUCCUCGAAUGGCCACUAGAGGCUGGCUCCGGUCCCCAUAGACACCCAUGUCAAAAUGUCUAAUUUUACAGCAGAAAUAAACAUGUUUACAGCCUGGUGUAAGCAACGGUUUUGAGUCUCUGUAGCUAACUUUGUAACAACUGUACGGGGAGUGAUUUUUUUAUAUAACUCACCUACUAAAAGUGUAUUAAAGCUUAACGUUAUGCAUAACUUCGAACACUGAGCUGUUCAGGAAACCUGUGGGUAUGCCGUCACAGAGGGUUUAUCCAUCUUUCUAUACAAUCUGUGGUUUGUACACAUGAAAAGUGACAGAAAUAGUGAUGUAAAGAAGAGAAAAGAGGCGUUGAAACACACUGCUGGUCACUGCCUGAGGUGGGUUGGAUUGUACAGAAAUUGUUGGACAUAGUCAAUCACCUACAGUUGGUCCAUCAGAAAGGUUUCUGGAGAAGGUGGCUGGCAGCUUCACAGUACUUUCCUUUCUGACUUCGGAGCAUCUCUUGGAUUAGAAAAGGUAUGAUCACUACAGACGUGAUCAGAAUACCUUUGCAGCUAGCAGCCAUGACUGUAAUCACCUUUAACCUGCGGAUCGUCUUCUGAAGGACUCCACCGAGGAUCACUGACUGCUUCUUGGUCCUCGGAAGCAUUUUAUAGUAACAUUGAAAACACCUUCAGAUACACCGAGAUCUGAAGGUGUCAUCUUGAGGGUUUUAGAAGCUGUGACCUCUAUUUUUUACUACUUUCUACAUCUGUAUAGAAAAGCAAUAAAUUGUGUAAUUCAUUCAGCAAUGAUAACAUUAGCUGCAGCUCUAAAUACCAUAUUUGAACAAACAGUGUGCUGCUGGAUCUGCAAUUAUUCGACUGAUUAUUGGACAGAAAAAUCACUUGUAGCUACUUUGAUCAUUGGUUAGUUGUUUACAAAAGUCAAAUAAAGAUUUGUCGUGGCAA